CACAUGUGAGAAUCCGCGAAGCAGUCGGGAUGCGUCCGCAUACUUGAAUUUUCAGUUGGUUAAACUAGUGGAGUAGGGUUUAAGGGCGGCGCUUUGCAGAUGGAGAAAAGUGUAAACCCUAAAGGAAAUUGUGUAAGGCAGUAAAAAACAAUGAGCCCCACUCACUUACUUCCAGCGACAAGAGUAAGGCGCCAUGGCUGCUCAAUGCGACUCUUUGACCGGAUACCUGCAACAAUCGGACCCGGGCUCAAACAGCGAACGUAGCACUGACUCCCCUUUGCCCGUUUCUGAGGAUGACUCCAGUGGACCACCCGCCCCGCCAGACCCGGAGUGGACAGAGGAGAGAUUUCGCGUGGAUCGUAAGAAACUGGAAGUAAUGUUAUUAGCUGCCACAGAAGGGAGGAUCAAUGGUGGGGAGGAUUUCUUUCAGAAGGUCAUGGAUGAAACCAAAACACAGAUCGCAUGGCCUUCCAAACUGAAGAUAGGUGCCAAGUCUAAAAAAGAUCCUCACAUCAAAGUGAGUGGGAAGAAGGACAACGUAAAGGAGGCGAAGGAGAAAAUCAUGUCCGUCCUCGACACGAAAAGUAACCGCGUGACUCUGAAGAUGGACGUGUCUCACACGGAGCACUCCCACGUCAUCGGGAAAGGGGGAAACAACAUCAAGAAGGUCAUGGAGGACACCGGCUGUCACAUCCACUUCCCCGACUCCAACCGCAACAACCAGGCCGAAAAGAGCAACCAGGUGUCCAUUGCAGGCCAGCCGGCAGGAGUGGAGGCAGCCCGAGCCAGAAUCAGGGAGCUGCUCCCCCUGGUCCUGAUGUUUGAGCUGCCCGUCAUGGUCCAGAUGAACCCUGACCCCAGCUCUCCAGCCAUCCAACACAUCUCCCAGACCUACAACAUCUCUGUGUCCUUCAAGCAGCGCUCCAGACUCUACGGAGCCACGGGCGUGGUCAGGGGCUCGCAGAACAACGCGGCCGCCGUCAAGAGGGGCACUGCCGUCCUCCUGGAGCACCUGGCGGGCAGCCUGUCCGGCGCCAUCACGGUGAGCACACAGCUCGACAUCGCGCCCCAGCACCACCUCUUCAUGAUGGGCCGCAACGGCUCCAACAUCAAGCACAUCAUGCAGAGGACCGGGGCGCAGAUCCACUUCCCCGACCCCAACAACCCGCAGAAGAAGUCCACUGUCUACCUCCAGGGCACCAUCGACUCGGUCUGCCUGGCGCGGCAGUACCUCAUGGGCUGUCUUCCCCUGGUGCUGAUGUUUGAUAUAAAGGAGGACGUGGAGGUGGAGCCUCAGUGUGUCACCUCUCUGAUGGAGCAGCUGGACGUGUUCAUCAGCAUCAAGCCAAAGCCUCGGCAACCCAGCAAGUCGGUGAUAGUGAAGAGCGUGGAGAGGAACGCCCUGAACAUGUACGAGGCCCGGAGGUUCCUCCUGGGCCUGGAGACCAGCGGGGUGUCGGCCCCUCCCUGCAGCAGCCCCCCGGCGGUCAUCUGUCCAGUGGGCCUGGACAUCCUGGCCUCGGCCGGUCUGGGGCUCACCAGCCUGGGCCUCUUAGCCCCCACGGCUGCCUCCAUGACCAGCUCCUCAGCCCCCAGCUCCCUGCUCAACGCCCUGAACAGCCCGUCUGCGCCCAACUCGCUCCUCAACGCCCUCAACUCCUCCAUCAGCCCCCUGCAGACCCCCUGCUCCAUCAGCCCUCUGCAGACCCCCUGCUCCAGCACCCCCAGCCCCACGCUGUGGUCCAGCUCCCUGGCCAGUCCCACCAGCACACCGGGAUUCUCCUCCCCCCUGAUGAUACACCCGGCCGCUCAGGCCACUCUCACCAGUAUCCUGCUGUCAGGAGUCCAGGGGUACACCCAGAGCACCCCCUCCCCUCCCCCGGGACUGGCCCCCAUAGACGCCCAGGUUAACGGGAUCCCCGACUGUGGCAAAACUGCCUCCACGCUCAACGGACAUAUCAAGCACCCCGGGUCGGUUUACGGCAGGAUGUCCGCCGCGUCGCUGGCCGACAAAGUCCUGAACCCCGGGCACGGCGACCCCGGCCAGGAGGCCAGCGGGCACUGCCCCUCCGAGCCCAUGUCCAGCAAGUCCCCAGACGAAGGUUCCAAUGACGCCUUCGUGGAGGUGGGCAUGCCAAGAAGCCCCUCUCACUCGGCCAACAGCAACGAGCUGAAGCAGAUGCUGGCCUCGUGCAAGACCUCGGCGGGAAAACGGCAGGCUGUGGAACUGCUGCAGGGCACCAAGAACUCUCACCUUCACUCCGACUGUCUGCUCUCAGACUCCGACUCCAGCGCCUCCGAGAGCCCCGUGGCGGACAAGCGGGCCCCGGGCAGCGAGCGGGCCGCGGAGAGGGCGGCCCAGCAGAACUCGGAGAGGAUCCGCCUGGCCCCGCAGUCCUCCUUCGCUGGCAUGCAGGCAUUUGACUAUGAACAGAAAAAGCUGCUGGCAACCAAAGCCAUGUUGAAGAAGCCGGUGGUUACGGAGGUACGGACACCCACCAACACGUGGAGUGGCCUGGGCUUCUCCAAGUCCAUGCCCGCCGAGACCAUCAAGGAGCUCCGCAGAGCGAACCACGUGCCCUACAAGCCAACCAUGAGCACCACCUACGAGGGGUCCCCUCUGUCCCUGUCCCGCUCCAACAGCCGUGAGGUGUUGGGAAGCGGCAGUGACUCCGACAACUGGAGGGAGAGGAACGGGGGUGCCCUCCCUGGACACUCAGAGUACCCCACCCCCAUCAGUCCCAAGAGGAAGCAGAACAAAUCAGUGGAGCACUAUCUCAGCAGCAGCAACUACAUGGACUGCAUUUCCUCGGUGACGGGCAGCAACGGCUGCAGCCUGAACGCGUCCUUCAAAGGGUCGGACCUCCCCGAGCUCUUCAGCAAGCUGGGCUUGGGGAAGUACACGGACGUCUUCCAGCAGCAGGAGAUCGAUCUUCAGACGUUCCUCACGUUGACGGACCAGGAUCUGAAGGAGCUCGGCAUCACCACGUUCGGCGCUCGGAGGAAGAUGCUGCUGGCCAUCUCAGAAUUGAAUAAGAACCGGAGGAAGCUCUUUGAGCCUCCCAACAUCCGAUCCUCCUUCCUGGAAGGGGGCGCCAGCGGGCGGCUGCCUCGCCAGUUCCACUCGGACAUCGCCAGCGUGAGCGGCCGCUGGUAGGCCUUCCCGGGCCACGGUGGGCGUGGGCGCCCCACCUCCGCGCCCACCCGUUGCCCUGUCCAUAGGCCCACCCCACCCACGUAUAGCUCCAGGUACUCCAGGCCAAGAUGAAGGGGACCAAAGCUUGCCUUCUGUUAAAAGUGCCAAAAAAAAAGUGAAGAAAAGGAAGACAAGCCGUCGAGCCUCACAUUUGUACUUACCAGACAUGGUACUCCUUUUGUAGUUUCAUCAAUGAAGGACAUACAGAUGAGGGAAGGUUCUGUUAUUGUGAAGAACCCAUGUAACUCAUGCACUGACAUGUGUUUGAAGAAAUAGACAGAAUGCUUAGUUAAAAAAAAAAAAUCUUUUGAUACUAUUUAUACGCAAUCUUAGUUUGUUGUAUCAAUCCUGUGCACUUUAAGAAUAGACACUAGAUGCCUGUGGAUUCAUAUUACCCUGGUCUGCAUACCUAUACAAUGUCCACUUAUAACAUAGCACUUACUUGGGUACCAAGCCAAAUGUAAGCACAUUGUGUAGCUACAGAUAAUGAUGAUAGUUAUAGCGAAGUCCCAGCAUAUCAACUGUGCAUGGAUGUGAGAAACAUGAUUUUUUUUAUUCUAAUGUUUCAAUCAAUUGACCCUAAGACUGGUCAGUAUUAUUCACACCCCUGCAUUGUGCAGUACGUAUAAGUCUGACCUAUAUAUAUUUUUAUAUCAUUAUUUUAUAUUCUUUUUUUUAUUUAAAGUUUUUUUUAUCCCUAUUUUUUAUCCGUUUCAAACAUAUGAUUUGGUUAAAUGUAAUCUUUCAUGUUUAGUUUUGUUUCUUGUUUUUCAUUUGUUUGUUUUUUUAUGAAUGAGUUGGUAUUUUUGGAGUAUUUUGGUCUGAUAUCAGUCAGACUGGUUGGACGGAGCCCCAGGGUAAGAGGCAAGCUGCCUGAGGCCUGUAUCAGCCCACAACAGCCCUCUGCCCUGUGGGACCAGACGCCAUUUUGUCUACCCUCUGGCCUCUUGGGGACUGUAGGAUUUUCACACCUGGAGCCGCCAUUUUAUGCUGGUUUACGCAGCAGGACUGGAAAUUUGUAAACUACGCAGGGCUGAUGUUUGUUCUCAAAGGCUAGGCCGUGUAUUUGUGUCAUGAUUGUGUCCAAGUGUCCAAGUUUUCUUUUUGUCCCUACUCCUCCCCGACUCGCUCUUUCCCUCCCUUUCUCUCUCUCAAUUUUCAUGUUCAGAUUGAAAUGCUUUAAUUGCAUGGAAUAUUUGAACAUAUUGCUAAAGCUUUACCGUGACUGACAUCAAUAUUUUGUUUUUGAAUUUGACUGACUCACUCAGUUUGGUUUUCCACUCCUCUCUUAGUUUCUGGCAGUGUUGCGUUGAGUUUCAUGGUCUUUCAUUCUAGUUUUUUGGUGUAAAAGCACACCUUGAAGCAGCGUUCUCGCUUACUGCCAUCUGCAGGCUGGAGGCUUGUAAAGUCCUCAAGUAGUGCAGGACGCAGAGGCCUUUAGGUACUGCCGUCCGGCAUUUCUCUUACAUUACCCUACAUUGGUGCUAACCACAAAUCCUGUAGCAGCUCAUGUUUUCUGCCCCACGUUCAUUAGGAAUGUAGCAUAAAGCAAAUGCCUCCUCUGUCAGAUGUGUAUUCCAAGCAAAGGGAAAGACCAAGUUGUUGGCCAUCAAUUUGCAGAUGAUGUUAUCGUAAACUGUGAAAAAUGUUGCCAGUUUGUAUUUUCUUGGCUUAUGAAGGAAUGUUUUCCAAUUGAAGACCACCAAGUGCCUAAAUAUUCUUCUCUGUUAGUUCUGCGAGUAUAUUUUGGAUAGUCUUCCCAAAGGAAGAAGUUUGAAUGGAAUGUACUGUGUUAUUCCAAAGGUACAACUUUUAAUUUGGAUGUAAACCACUCAAGAAUUAACUUUGCUUAGCCUUUGCAAUAGCCUGAAACUUGUAGUAUAAUCAUGCUUAUGUUUGUUAUUGUAAUGUUGAAAAUGUCCAUUUUUGUGUAAAUGGUAGUUUCAAAGAAUUGCACAAAACAAAGGAUCGACAUCUUUAGCAUAAGUUACUGUUCUUUGCUGAUGCAUUAUUAGUGAGUUUGAUCGGACAUUAGGGUUAGUCUACAGUAAAUAGUCCUGUCUUUCUCAUAGAAAUGUUCUUUCAUUACUGGUACUGCAGUUAAUCUGCUUCAUACUGUAGUUGUAAUGAUAGGUACUGAAGUACAAUCGGAAAUAAACUUCCCUACACUGUGUACGAACAAAGUUACUAUUAAGAAAUUAUUUGAGUGCUCCAGACUAUGCAAGUGAUUGCCAGUUUGCCGUGUGAUUUCACGAACUGAAAUCUGCCUCAUAAAACAUGAUUGUUAGAAUUUUAAGGCUUGGUGAAAGCUCCCUGUCUUAAUUCUCCCACAAACCUUUUUGGUGGUAACCUCUUAAAAUCGGUUUAGCCUUCAAAACCAUAUUCAAAACCAUCCCUUGGUUUCCGCUGUGUUUUUGUGGAUCAAAAUCUGUGAUUCUCUAGCAAAAAAAUGAUCAUGCUCUCUUGAAAGUAGAGGGCUUGAGAGGGAAAAAGUCUUACAUUUUUGGACAUGGCCUUCUGAUGCAGCAAAGCAUUUUUGGAAGACUGGAGUACCCCUGAGAGAAGGACUUUUUGUUAACAAAGGGCCAGAUACAAUGGGGCUGUCCAAAAGGGAACACUGGAAAUGACACAUGUUCUCAUGUUAGAUAAAGGGAAUACCGCCAGUGCCAUUGUUAAGUAUUGGCUUUGAAAAGUGUAUCAUGCACAACACAGUACAUCUGAAUCAGUAGUACAAGCAAAGGGUAGCCGGCCAGUGCCUUAUUGGUUGUUAUUUUUUUAUCUGCAAAUGUAAUGCAGGUAAAGCUGUAUUUUGUUGUGUUUAUUGUACGUGUGUAUCAAGGUGACACUUUGUGUAGCAAACAAAAGUCUGUAUCAAAAAAAAAAAAAUCAAACAUUGUAUACCAAUCGGAGGCCUUGUUACAAGAUAAUA